AUGGAAAAUAAUAUGUAUGUAAAUCGAAACUUGCUUCGAGUAUGUGAAAAACAUUUAUCCCCGUUUGGACAAAAGGUUAUGUCCACGUUAAUAAAACUAAAACAUGGAAGUUCUUUUGAUUUAAUACCCCAUCAGAAAAGUUCACCCGAUAGGUCUAAUACAAUACAUAAUGAACACGAAGAAAUAAGGGAAGCUAUAUCAUGGGAUGACAUGUUCGAUAGCGAAAUAUUCAAAGAAUUUAAUUUAAAUGACGAAAUAAACGACGAAAAAAAUAAAAAUUCCGAUGAACAUACUUUUAAUGUAGAAUUCUCACAAAAUAUUAACGAUAAUGAACUUAGAGUAGAUUCUGUACCAAAGGAAGAUACUAAAAGAAAACGUAAAGUUGCAACAAUAACUGAGCCACCUAAAAAAUCUAAAACAAAAGAAGUGAAAAAAACGAUUCAGUCUCAAUUAGCAAACAAAGACGGAAUAAUGAAGUUUAAAAAACCAAAAGCAGUUGAUGAAGUCAAACUAAACACAAAGAGUUCAAAAAACGUAACAAAGGCAGUCAAAGAUAAGAAAGUUCCUAAAUUCGUAGCUCCAAUCAAAUCCCAGUUACCUGUUGAAGAUGUAAAGUUCGUCAUACAUAUUGUUAACGAUAGUAACAUAAAAGAUUAUAGGAAUAAGCUAGAUAUGAUAAAGGAUAGCGAAGUGAUAACCGUCUUGACAUAUCGCAAUGGAUUCAAUCAAUUAAACAGUCAACACACAGACGACAAUUGUGUCCCCGAAGGCAUGUUACUCCAGUUUCAAGAUGCCUUCUAUUAUUUCCAAGAAAAAAUAAACGGAUUAUCUGAAAUACUAAAGAACAUUUUUACAGCUAAUACACUAAUAUGUUACGAAGCUAAAGAUUUGAUUAUAUAUCUGAAGUGUGUAUUUGAUUUGUCAUUCAACAUUUGCAACAUUAUAGAUGUGAAGAUUGGGUCGAAUUUAAUUAAUCCAGACAAGCCACCAGAAUAUUUCUCUGACGUACAGAAGCUCCUAGACUACACACCAGAGUUCACAAUAGCAACAGAGUCCACGUUACAAAAAGCAGCGUGGUACAUUACCCUUCUUAAAGAUUGUUCAGUUUUUUUGCGAGCUAUGUUGGUAGAGAACGGUCUCUGGAAGGUCUUUGUCGACAUCGAAAUGAAGAUUUUGCCGAUUGUUGCUGAAAUGCAAUAUCACGGUGUGGCCGUUGACACCUAUAAAUUAAAGACGAUGGAAAACAUAUUACUGAGACGUAUGAACGAUAUCGAAGCUGAGUGCUACAAAGCAGCUGGAAAGAACUUCCAAAUUAACUCCUCAGUACAAGUUCGGACGAUUCUCUACGAUGAGUUGAAGUUAGACACAAAGUCUAACGUCAAGAUCAAAGAGACGAUUGGUAAGGGAGCGAAGUCUACCGCUGAGGCCAUGCUACGCUGUCUCACUUCGGUUCAUCCUCUGCCGAAAUUGAUAUUGGAGUACAGACAUUUACACAAAGCUCAUGCAACGUUUGUGGCAGGAAUUUCCCAGCACGUAAAAGAUGGAGUUAUCAGACCAACUUGGGAUCAAACAGCAGCAGCGACAGGUCGGAUAGCAUCGAACAAUCCCAAUCUCCAAGCUAUACCUAAAACACCUUUUGCACUAGUGCUGUUUCCAAAGGAAGUAUCCGGCUCGAAGGACCACACACUCGAGUUCCGCUCAGUAUACGUACCACGCUUGGGUUUCAAGUUAUUAGCAGCGGACUUCAAGCACGUGGAGUGUCGUGUGUUCGCAAUACACGCGAAGGAUGAUAAACUGAAAGACGCGUUGCGAGGACAAGACAUCUUCAGAGUUCUCGCUGCUGAAUGGCUGAAGAAGCCCGAAGCAGACGUGACAGGUGAAGACCGAGAGCGCACCAAGCGCAUCGUGUACGCGAGCCUGUACGGUGCGGGCGCUAGGAAGCUCAUGGAAAUCCUCUCGCUGGGCUAUGAAGAAGUGCUCUCCGUCAUGACCAGCUUUAACAGAACGUUUCCGUCCCUCAAAAGUUUCGGUCGGUCAGUAGUAUCUGAAUGUGAGAGGCGCAAGGGUCGCCUUACAAUCGCAAGUGGGCGGGCAAGAACUUUCCAGAAUAUUAGCAGUUCUAACUUCUCAGAUAAAUCUCACGCAGAACGACAAGCAGUCAACUUUGUCAUUCAAGGUACGGCAGCAGAUUUAUGCAAAAUGGCAAUGAUCCUAACUACUGAAAGACUGAGUAAUGCCAGCCCACCAGUACAAGCGCGUUUGUUGCUACAGAUACACGAUGAAUUAGUGUGGGAGGUGCAAGACCAGGAUAUGGAUAGAGCUGCUGCUAUUAUCAAGCAAACUAUGGAAAAUUGUGGUCGAGAAUGUGGUAUGGAGCUGACUCUGGCUGUAGCAAUGUAUCGCGGUACUAGUUGGGCAAACAUGGAAGAAUUCUCUCCCAAAUGAUACACAGGCUUUACUUUAUCAUUUAAACAUAGGCUUUAUAUUAUUUCAAGUGUCAUUACUCUGUUCACGAUGAAUUAACUUAAUGUUGGUAUUAAAAAUUUAAAUAAUAUGAGUAAAAUGAAAGA